CAGGAGGCUGCACUGGAAACACUGGGACCUGUGGUUAGGUUGAAUAUAUGUUUCAGAGAAGACUUGAGUUCUGAUCAGAAGCAACUUUGAAGGACAAUCAUUGUUCUUUCAGCUCCGUUUUUAUUUUUGCUGAAAGCCAAAAUGCUCUUGCAGUCAGAAAAGGAUCUCACCUGCACACUGUGCUGCAACAUCUUCAAAGAUCCUGUGAAGCUGGAAUGCAGCCACAGCUUCUGCAAGGACUGCCUGCAGACAGAGUGGGCUGAGAAGCAAACACGGCAGUGUCCGCUUUGUCAGGAGAUGUCAUUGCUGAGAGAUCCACCACGUAACUUUAUGAUGAAGAACCUGUGCUUUGCCUUCUUCCUGGGGAGAGGUCAGAAAACUCCCACGGGAUCCGAGGACCUCUGCAGUCUGCACUCUGAGAAACUCAAACUGUUCUGUCUGGAUCAUAAGGAGCCUGUUUGUCUCAUCUGCAGAGAUUCAAAAGAACACGAGGACCACAGCUUCAGGCCGAUCGAUGAAACCAUGCAGGACCACAGAGACGAGCUGCAGACCUACCUGAUGCCCUUCAAGGAAAAACUGAAGCUGUUCAAACAAGCUUUGGAAAACUUUGAUGAAACUGCAGAACACAUAAAGGUCCAGGCUAAAAGAACAGAGAUGCACAUCAAAGAUCAGUUCAAGAAGCUUCAUCAGUUCCUGCAGGAGGAAGAGGAGGCCAGAAUCACAGCUCUGAGGGAGGAAGAGGAGCAGAAGAGUCAGGUGAUAAAGGAGAAGAAGGAGGACUUGAGCAAGAACAUCAAGGCUCUUUCAGAAACAGUCACAGCAACAGAAGAAGAGUUCAUAAGAUCCGAGAACAUGUCACUACUGCAAGACUACAAGACAGCAAAGGAAAGACUCCAACAAUGCCCCCUGCUGGAUGACCCACAGCCACUCUCUGGAGCUCUGAUAGAUGAAGCCAAACAUCUGGGCAACCUGAGCUACAGCAUCUGGACCAAGAUGAAGCACAUGGUCUCAUUCUUUCCCGUGAUUCUGGAUCCAAACACGGCUGAACCACACCUCACCCUGUCUGAAGAUCUCACCGGUGUGACGUUCGGGCCAAGACAGAAGCUUCCUGAUAAUCUAGAGAGGUUUGAGCAGCGACACUGUGUCAUCAGCCAUGAAAGCUUCAGCUCAGGAACUCACAGCUGGGACGUAGAGGUUAGAAAUGAGGAGUUCUGGGGUCUUGGUGUCUUGUCAGAAUCUGUUCCCAGAAAGGGACAAAUACAGGCCGGGUUCUGGGGAAUAUGUCUCUGUAAUGGAAGCUACGCAGCAAUCUCCCAUGCACUUCCCAACAAAGCUCUCCCAGUGACGAAGCUCCAGAAGAUCAGAGUUCAUCUGGACUGGGACGAAGGAGAAGUUUCAUUUUUUGACCUUGAUGCCAACAACUACAUUCACACCUUCAACCAUACAUUCACUGAGAAUCUGUUUGCUUACAUUUGUACCAAAAACGCAUCUCCUCUGAAGAUACUGCAGGCAACAAAAUAACCUGAUUUUUAUGUUCAGUGAAAUAUACUAAAAUGAAAAAAGAAGGAAUUUUGUGCUGGGUCAAUUAUUUCUUUGUUGUCAUAAUGCUUCUUGGCAAUAAAUAUACCAUUGGAAAACCUGUAUGGUUCCCUUUAAAUGGUGCCACAUUUGUAGAGAAAAUGCAUUUAUGGGUGGAGCAGCAGAGGUGAGUAUUUGAGCUGUACCCUAACCCUAUGCUAACCACACCAAAUCCUCUCAGCUUAUUCAUCUUAUUCCGAUAUUAACUGUUAUUUGGGUUCAUUUAUAGGAUUGAAUCCACUUUAAAGAAUAUUGACAACUGAACAAUUUAAUCCUGUAACAAAAGCGGUUCCUCAUGCUGGUCACCAGCUUGGUCACACACUGCUGUGGGACUGCAUCCCAUUCCUUGGCUAGCAUUUGUCACAUAUCAGCCAAUAAUCAGAAUCAGAAUCAGCUUUAUUGCCACGUUCUUACAUACAAACAAGGAAUUUGACUCCGGUACACUUUGCUCUUUGGUUUUGUUUUUGUAUUACAGAAUAUAAAU